UCACGUGCUGCGUGCCAAACAGUAAGAGAAAGCAUAGUGUUGCCAUAGCAACUAAAGGAAGUGAAACAUUUGAAUGUCGAAUGCAUUCUGCUCACGAUUAUUUGGUGACAUGGGGACCACAGAGGUGCCAAGUGCUGCAGUAUAAAAACAGUGGACAAUAAGAACAGGACACACAUCAGCUGAUCCCAGCGAUAACACAACACCAACAUGUGGAUCAAGUCUAUGAUGAUCACCUUGGCGACCCUGAUGGCGCUCACAACGGUAACAAAGGCUGGUGUUGCACCCCUGGCAGCCCUGCCGUACGCACUAGCGCCUUUUGGUAGUUCAUACACCGCACAUUCAAUCAACCACGCCCUUGCUGCACCCGUUGCUGUUCCUGCUGCCGCCCCCAUAGUAGCCGCCCCGGCGGUGUAUGCGCCUCAUAUUGCCACCCCCGCCGUCUACGCACCCCAUGCUGCCGCUUACAUCGCCGGUUAGAAAUAUCCGUAUCCUCGGGUCCGCUCAGAACAACUGUGUAUACUGUGUCCAAAACAUUUCGUGAUUACGUCAUCACCAGAUAGUAACGUGAUCGUUACGUCAUCAUAAGACAGUAAGGGAGAUCCUUAAGUCUUUAUUAUAACAUUACUACAUUCUAUUGGAGCCGGGACAGGUCAGUCGGUAUAGCGACUGGCUACGGGCUGGACGACCGAGAGGUUA